AUGCUGCAGAAUAGAUUUACCGAUAACAUUAAGAAAGGCCUUACUACAGAGAAUGAAUAUGCAAGAAAUGGGUUAAGUUGGCAAGAAUGGGUAAUAAAGAAAGCAUACAAAAAUAAGGAGAGACUAAAAGAAAAGAAGUUUAAUGUGGAAGCUGAGAAACAAAAGCAAGACUCUACUGCUAUUGAAAAGGAAAGACAGAGUUUGAAGGCAAAAAAUAGUUACAGAAAAUGGCUAAAAUCUCUAAAGCAAAAGGAGGAGCAAGCAGCUAGUUUUCACGCCAGAAAAGCUAUUAAGACCAAAGAAGAAAAUUUAAUAAGGAAAGAGGAACUCGGAAAGAAGGCUGCUGCGAUAUACGAAGAAUGGAUAAAUAAGAAGCGAAUGCAAGAAAGGCAGAAACAGAAGAAAUUUAAUGAAGAGAGAACGGAAGUUCUAAAAAAUUUUGAACGUCGCAGACGUGAAAGUCAAGAAGCAUACAGAAUGUGGCUAGCAAGAGCGAAACCAAGUUCGCCUUCAAAUUAUAUAGCGUACGGAUAUAUCAAUGGAACUUUAACUAGUUAUUAUGACUCUUCAGCUAAGCCAAAACCGUCGUAUUUUAAUCCUAUUCCCUGGGAUUGCGGGAUAGUCGAUUUUACCCUUGAUUCACAAUCACGUAGAUAA